AUGAGAGAGAAACGACUCGACCCAGAAGUCCCUGUAGCCAACGAUGGCCACAGCUCGAGUCCCUCCGUCUCCACGGGGAAACAGGAGGUCAUCAGAGAAGAAACCAUAAGAAGCUGGGUGAAAGAAGGACAAGAAAAUGGGAUAAACAACAAACUUCGAAACCCCCUAUCUGGCAUGACCAAAGACGAGCUCUUCCGGGAUGUUGAAACAUUCGCCCUUGAAAAAGGCCUGAUGGAUGUCGUUGACGAUUUGAAGAAGGGAGCUCUGAUCGCGCAAGAUCCGAAGUCGUUUGAGCUCCUGGACGAGCUUUCGGAGGCGGAAAAGGAACUGCUCCGUCGGGAGAAAACGCACAAAUGGAAUCAGCCUUUUAUGAUGUAUUUCAUGACCAUUCUUUGUGCCGGCUCCGCCAUUGUCCAGGGCAUGGACCAGACCGCAGUUAAUGGUGCCCAAGAGUUUUACUUCGAUGAAUUCAACGUCACCGAUGUCUGGCAACAGGGUCUGCUCAACGGAACCCCAUAUCUCUGCUCCGCAUUGAUCGGCUGCUGGACAACGGCGCCUCUCAACCGCUAUUUCGGCCGUCGUGGAUGUAUUUUCAUCUCAUGUUUUGUCUCGUUUGCAAGCUCCUUCUGGAUGGCUACAGCCCAUACCUGGUGGAACCUUCUCUUGGCUCGGUUUUUGCUUGGUUUCGCCGUUGGCGCUAAGUCCACGACUACACCUGUGUAUGGGGCAGAAUGCUCUCCGGCAAAUAUUCGUGGUGCGCUCGUCAUGAUGUGGCAGAUGUGGACGGCGUUUGGAAUUAUGUUGGGCUACAUUGCAUCUGUCGCCUUCAUGGACGUUAAAGUCGCAUCGAUUCCCGGUUUUAAUUGGAGGCUGAUGUUAGCUUCCACAGCGAUCCCUCCUUUUUUCGUCUGCAUUCAGGUAUAUCUAUGCCCUGAAUCUCCACGAUGGUACAUGAUGCGGGAUCGGUAUCAGAGCGCCUACAAUGCUCUCUGCAAACUUCGACCUUCAUCUCUACAAGCGGCGAGGGAUUUGUACUAUAUCCAUGCUUCGCUGAGAAUUGAGGAAAAACUUCGCGAAGGCAAGCGUCUUUGGAAGGAGAUGUUUGGCAUUCCUCGCAAUAGACGAGCUGCACAGUCCUCAUUCUUUGUAAUGUUCAUGCAGCAGUUCUGUGGCGUCAAUGCGAUCAUGUACUAUUCCUCUUCGAUGUUUAGAACCGCAGGUUUCUCGCAACGCGAGGCUUUGAUAACGUCUUUGGGCUGUGGUAUUACUAACUGGAUUUUUGCACUGCCUGCAGUGUAUACAAUCGAUACGUUCGGCCGACGGAACCUACUUCUGACAACGUUUCCACUCAUGUCACUUUUCUUACUAUUUACAGGAUUCUCUUUCUGGAUCCCAGAUUUGAAGACACGGACAGCCUGCGUUGCGACGGGGAUUUACCUGUUCAUGAUCGUGUAUUCGCCUGGUGAAGGGCCAGUGCCGUUUACCUAUUCGGCUGAAGCAUUCCCUCUGUAUAUUCGCGACAUCGGGAUGUCAUUCGCGACAGCGACCACAUGGGGAUUCAACUUCGUUAUUUCUCUCACAUGGCCAGCCCUAGAGAAAUCUUUCAAACCACAAGGGGCGUUCGGUUGGUAUGCUGCUUGGAACAUCUUCGGCUGGGUAUUCUGCUAUUUCUGCCUACCGGAGACAAAGGCCCUGUCCUUGGAAGAACUAGACCAAGUCUUUUCGGUUCCGACAAGAACACAUAUCAACCAUUAUCGUACUAUGUUGCCAUGGUAUUUCAAGAAAUACGUUUUAAGAAGCGAUGUCCCACCGCAGAAGCAACUAUAUGAUUACGAGUAA